AUGGCGAACAAAAAGGGGCAGCAGGAAAUGGUCCAGGUUGACAAUUCCGAACGUGCAGAAUCUCCCUUUUGGGCUGGCCGAAACGCAUCCCUGAAUCAGUCUCAGUCCAAGGUCUACGGACAGAACACGGUGGUUGGUGCUUCAUACUCCCACGCCAAUAUUCUACAAAGUGCAUCAUCCGGCCCACGGCCUAGAACACCGCCUCGAUCGUCCUCGAGCAAUGCCCCAUACCCUGCGUCGCAACUGGCUCAUCGACCUGGGAACGUGGUAACUUCGCCCACUCGUGAAAAGCCAUAUUCGGGAAUCAUGGCUCAAGGGGUGGAUGAGUGGAGCCGUGACCCCACUGAUGAUGAUGAAGAUGAUGAUGACGAUGAUGACGAGAUUGUAUACGACGACGACGAGGAUGAAUUUGGACUUCCAAGUCUUGCCAGUAUGAGGAGAAAGAAGUCAGGCCCUUUGAAAUUCAAGAGCGCCAAUCCCGGCGGAUCGAUGGGCGAAAAUCCUUCCUCCCUGGGGUUCAGUCUCGCGGCCAACAACAGACAGCGGGCAAAUAGCUCAGACAUUGCCGAGGAACGGGGCGCACCCAUGUACCCAACGGCACGAAAAAGCGAAGGAAAAAUUCUUAGGCCACAGUACAAAGAUAUCCUACAAGAUCCUGCAAAUGCCUUGAAUCUCAUCAAUCACACUGUGCCCCCGACAAAUGCUACACCAAAGGAGAGAGAGAUGCAUUCGAGCCGCAUCUCACGAAUCAACAAAUUCAAGCGCAUUCUGCAGGCAAGCACGGUAUCUAUAACCGAAUUGCGGGACCUUGCAUGGUCUGGUGUUCCAGAGGAGGUUCGGCCGAUGACCUGGCAGCUUCUCCUCGGCUAUCUUCCCACAAAUAGUGAACGACGUAUAUCCACACUCGAGAGAAAACGCAAGGAGUACCUUGACGGAGUACGUCAGGCCUUUGAAAGGGGCAGUGGAGCCGCAACAGCAAACCCUCCGGCUUCGAGUACAGGACGCGGGAGGGGACUGGACGAAGCAGUCUGGCACCAGAUCAGCAUAGAUGUCCCGCGCACGAGUCCUCAUCUUCCACUCUAUGGUUACGAAGCUACACAACGUUCUCUAGAGCGCAUUCUAUACGUGUGGGCUAUUCGACACCCCGCCAGUGGAUACGUGCAAGGUAUCAAUGACUUGGUCACACCUUUCUUCCAAGUGUUUCUAGGCGUGUACAUCACCAAUCUGAACGUUGAAGAAGGCAUGGACCCAGGCCAGCUUCCCCGAAGUGUCCUGGAUGCAGUCGAGGCCGAUACAUUCUGGUGUAUAACGAAGCUUCUCGACGGCAUCCAAGAUAACUACAUCUAUGCCCAGCCUGGCAUUCAUCGCCAGGUCAGAGCCCUGCGGGAUUUAACUGUGCGCAUCGACUCCGCCCUUGCCAAACAUCUCGAGCAAGAGGGCGUAGAGUUCAUGCAGUUUAGUUUCCGAUGGAUGAAUUGUUUACUCAUGCGGGAAAUGAAUAUUAGGAACACGAUACGCAUGUGGGAUACGUACAUGGCUGAGGAGCAGGGCUUCUCACGAUUUCAUCUUUACGUCUGUGCUGCAUUUUUGGUCAAAUGGACAGACCAGCUCCUGAAGAUGGAUUUCCAGGAGAUCAUGAUGUUUCUCCAAGCAUUGCCUACGAAGGACUGGACUGAGAAAGAUAUCGAGCUCUUGCUGAGCGAAGCAUUUAUCUGGCAGAGCCUAUUUCAAGACUCCCGCGCACACCUCCGAGCUGCUGGUGAACCGCCUGAAAAUGGUAUCUUUUAUUGA